GGAGCCGCAGCCGGUGACCGUCCAUCCUAAAAUACCGACUGCGAUCCACAGAACCCCGCGCUGGUACCCGCUUCCCUGCCCCGUCACCAUGGCAACACGACAGCGGGUAGAAAGGACUAUUAUGUCCCCUGAGUGCGGUCAGAGUCUAUGGGGACGGCUCAGCUGUGGUCACUGAUCGGCCAAUGAGGAGUCAGGGAAUGUGACGGGCGGCGCUGGGACUGUUCUUAUACUGAGGACUUCACUGGGACAGAUCAGACUGAGGACAGCAAGAGAAGGAACCAGCACACGGUGCUAUACACAGGAUAUUUCCGGUUAGAACCAUAAGCUCCAGAUCCUUGUAGAAGAUGAAUGAGGAUCCGGGCGUCCUGAAUAACGGAGAGUCACAUGACCGCGCCCUGACGCCAGAUCUCAUCCACAGCCUGGUACAGAAGAGCCGGGAGGCCAAAGCCUUCGCCCACUGCCCGUACAGCCGCUUCCCGGUGGGCGCCGCGCUGCUGGAUCGGGACGGGAGGAUCUUCCUGGGUUGUAAUGUAGAGAACGCCUGCUACACGCUGGGGAUCUGCGCAGAGCGUACCGCCAUCCAGACCGCCGUGUCCAAGGGCUCCAAAAACUUCACUGCCAUAGCUGUGGCCAGUGAUGUAGAAGAGGAGUUUAUAACGCCGUGCGGAGCCUGCCGACAGGUCAUGAGGGAGUUUGGCUCGGAGUGGUGGAUCGUCCUCACCAAGCCAAGCGGCUCCUACAUCAUAAAGACUCUGGAGGACCUGCUGCCCUUCUCCUUUGGACCUGAGAAACUGGCCAUGAAAUAAGGAAUGAACAUUCACAAAUGUCUAUUAUUUAUUAUACAAAGGACUGGUUCUCGAUGGAGCCCGUGUGGCCCCUGAAUACAGCAAUGAGGGACAAUCACAAGGACUUGAUCGCGUCUUUCCAAAUCAUCUGAAUUUACCACAGGCGGCUCCACACAAUCCUGUCUCUGAGCUCUACAUGCAGUUCUUUCCUCCUCAUGGCUUGGUGUUUGCUCUGAUAUACAUUGUCAGCUGUGAGACCUUAUAUAGAAAGGGCUGUGUCUGAGCUCUAGAGGCAGUUCUUUCAUCCUCAUGGCUUGGUGUUUGCUCUGAUAUAUAGACAGGGCUGUGUGAGCUCUACAGGCAGUUCUUUCCCCCUCAUGGCUUGGUGUUUGCUCUGAUAUAUAGACAGGGCUGUGUCUGAGCUCUACAGGCAGUUCUUCCUCCUCAUGGCUUGGUGUUUGCUCUGAUAUAUAGACAGGGCUGUGUGAGCUCUACAGGCAGUUCUUUCCUCCUCAUGGCUUGGUGUUUGCUCUGAUAUAUAGUCAGGGCUGUGUCUUGUCCAAUCAGAUGAAUUUACUGCAUGUGACUCCAAGAGAAGUGGGAGGAGCCAGGGAUAAAUAUCACGUGUUAUAGUAAAGGGUAUGAAUACUUAUAUUUAUGCCAAAUUAUAGUUUUUUUCUCCUCAAUAAAUUAGUAAAGAU